CAAGCUUCACUUCGACGUGGCAAUUUCAAAAUUUGAAAAAACAAAACCCCGCCAGUAUAAAAUCCCAAUAAUCGAAUUCGCAGCGGUAAUUCGCAUUGCAGAGAGAACUUUCGAGAAGAGAUGAAGAAAAGAUCGAGAUCGACGAGGAAGUCAUCUGCCGCGGAUUUUCUGUCACCUCCGCCGGCGACCUCGGCUGCAAGUCCUGUCCAGUCGAUGAGUGAGUCUCCAAAGCCAUUCGAGUUCAACUUCAAUACGUUCAACGCUACGCCAGCAUCAUCAUCGAAGAAGAAGCUGAGGGCUACUGGAAAGAAGAGCUUCAAUAUUUCAAGUCCGGAGCAGUUGAAACCUGCCGGUUCUCCAGCGUCAGUCAAAAACCUGAAGCCGAUAGCGGAUCUGAAGGAAUUUGCAUCUUCUCAAUUGGACUCUGUUAAGCGCCAGAUUGAGCGAUCGCACAUGGAGAUUCUCAAGAACCUCGAGGCUUCUCAAUCUCGCCUUCAGAAACGUCUCAAGAUUCAGACACAAGGAUGCCAGCAAGUGGCAGAUGAAGCAGAAAGGGACUAUAAAAAGAUAUCUGAGCGAAUCAAUGAAGGCAGGGAUGCAAUGAAGGANCUAGUUGCUGGUAGCACCUCUUGGGUUGGAUAG